CCUCACACUUCCACAGUACCAUUUAACGCCUUAAUUUACACCCUCCAAACCACCGUGCCAAGCCACACGCGCCUCCGCACGCACUCACACACAGCUCCCGUCACCUCUAUGGCCAUGGCCAUGGCCAACUCCCUUGGCUGCGCGGCGAGGCCCUUUUCCUCAACGCCGCCGGUUUUGGCGGCCGCCUACGCCGGCGCAGUUGAAGCCGAGCCGAAGCCGAGAGCAGCUGCUCCACCCGCGAAGGCUCUGCCCUUCCGCGUGGGCCAUGGGUUUGACCUCCACCGGCUGGAGCCGGGCUACCCUCUCAUCAUCGGCGGCAUCAGUAUUCCUCACGAUCGGGGCUGCGAGGCCCACUCAGACGGCGAUGUGUUACUACAUUGCGUGGUUGAUGCGAUAUUGGGGGCGCUCGGGCUUCCGGAUAUCGGGCAGAUAUUUCCAGACACGGAUCCUAAAUGGAAAGGCGCACCAUCUUCGGUUUUCAUGAACGAGGCCGUUCGGCUAAUGCAUGAGGCGGGCUAUGAACUCGGCAAUUUGGACUCAACACUAAUUCUGCAGAGACCAAAGUUGAGUCCUCACAAGGAGGCUAUCAGGGCAAAUUUAUGCGAGCUUCUUGGAGCCGAUCCUUCAGUUGUGAAUCUCAAGGCGAAAACACAAGAAAAAGUUGAUAGUCUUGGCGAAAACAGAAGUAUUGCUGCACAUACGACUGUUCUCCUUGUGAGGAAGUAA